UUCUCCUCCUCUCUCCUUUCUGAGCAUGGAGACUCUGGAAGGAGAUGAACUUUGCUUUCCACAGCUACCAAACAUCUCCUGUAAAAGGCCACUGCAGCAUCGUGGUCCAACUGUCUUGCUGAACAUCAUCCUGUCCUGCAUCUCUUUGCUCACUGUGAUGCUGAAUCUGCUCGUCAUCAUCUCUAUCUCCCACUUCAGGCAGCUCCACACCACCACCAACCUCCUCCUCCUCUCUCUGGCUGUGGCAGACUUCCUCGUUGGCCUCCUGCUGAUGCCGGUUCAAAUCAUGCUCCAGAGUAGCUGCUGGUUAUUGGGCAGUGUGAUCUGUGGUCUGUUCUGCUAUGCCUCUUUCAUUCUGACAUCUGCGUCAGUGGGAACCAUGGUUCUCAUAUCGGUUGACAGAUAUGUGGCCAUUUGUGACCCUUUGUCUUACUCCACCAUAGUCACUCACCAACGAGUUCAAAUAAGUGUUUGUUUGUGUUGGGCCUGCUCUCUGUUCUAUAAUGGUGUGAUACUACACGUGUUCCUGGAAAAUCCAGACACAUAUAACUCCUGCUAUGGAGAGUGUGUAGUUAUAAUCAGCUUCAUAACAGGAGCUGUUGAUGUCGUUUUGACCUUCAUUGGCCCGAUUGCCGUCAUAGUGGUUCUGUAUAUGAAAGUAUUUGUGGUGGCUGUGUCUCAGGCUCGAGCCAUGAGAUCUCACAUUACUGCUGUCACAGUCCAGGGCUCAGUUACUGUAACAGCUAAGAAAUCUGAGAGAAAAGCAGCCAGCAUUCUUGGUGUUGUUGUGGUUGUCUUUCUCAUAUGUUUCUGCCCUUAUUUUUAUCCCUCUCUCGCAGGCCAGGACAUGUCAACAAGUCUGACCUUUUCUAUUUUUGGGGUCUGGCUUCUUUAUUGUAACUCCUGCAUCAAUCCCAUCAUCUAUGCUUCUUUUUAUCCCUGGUUUAGGAGAUCUAUUAAACUCAUCGUUACCCUUCAGACACUGCAGCCUCACUCCUGUGAUUCACAAAUCAUGUAGAAAUUCUGAAGCAUCACGUAUGUAUGCACAAAUCAUGUAUUUACUAUUAGGUAGUGAAUUAACCUGCAUGGAAAAUGUAAAACAUCCUUUUGAACGUGUAUUUACAUGGAGCUAAUUAACGUUCAUUGGGGCCCAUUGUCAUUGUUCAAACUCCAUUUUGAAACUAAGAUUAAGCAGAAUAUCACACUCUUAUCGUGACUUUAAAAUGUAGACAUUUAAGAAUUGUUGCCACUAGGAUUCUAGGAUAAAAAGUGCAGGGUCUGGAUCACAUACAUGGAAUAUAGAAUCUAUAAUAAAUAGGAAAGUAAAUACUGUUUAUAGAAAUAUCAUUAGAUGAAUGAAAUAAAAUAAAAUAAUGUAUGUAUUGUUUGUUUGUUUGUUACACUCAGCAACUCAUAAUGACAAGAAAAAAGUAUGAAGUCAAAGAAAUCUGUUAUGUAUGAAAAAACAUGCACAUUAUUGGCAGCAAAUACAACUCUGGGUCUUCCUGAACACUGAGAAAGAACAUGUUUCCUGCUACUUUCAAGAACAAAAUUUAAUAAAUACAACUAAAGUUUAA